GUUAAGUUGAUAUGUGUUUUGUAUUGACUGUGUUAUAAGAAUGUAUGAUGUAUGUAGGAGAAGUUGAGAGUUUGCAGCUGCAAGAGCUAACUAACCAUGCGCUCAUUUCUGCAAGUCAUGCUAACCUCAUUCUGCCAAAUGGGCACUAUUUAAAUAUCCCUGAGUUGGAAUUUGACAUGAAGAAUCUUAAUAUUUACCCUGUUGGUUAUGUGUGAUAUUAAGUUAAGAAAUCUAGCUGUAAUAAUGAAUAGUUCCAUGAACAUGUGCCUGCUACAUUUUCUCAUAGAAGCUACUGUGGCUACAGCCAUUGCCUUAUGUUGGAGUGCCAUCUAGUGGCCAAGUUUGUAUUGCAGAAGAUUGCAAGUUGAGUUGAUCUGUUAGCCAUGCAAUGUUAGUAAUACUUAUUAUUGUAUCCUUAUUUCAGAAACCACACACACACACACACACACAAGCAAAUGCAUGUAAAGAAAGUUUAAUAAAGAAAGAAAGAAGAUAACAACGUGAUUUACUGUCACUCAAUGGUGGAUUGGCAUCUGGAACAUUAGUUUAUAAUAGACGACGGACAAAGUCAUCCAGUCUAUUUUUCAAGCCGUUUUAUGAUCCGUCCCUUGCGUUGACAAAGAGCCAAUAGGAUCGGCUGUACUUCUUUUUUGUAAUACCCUCACUACUGUUACCAGGAUGCUAUGCUGUUUUGGCUCCCGCUGUUGAUGAAGAAUUCUAUUCAUGUAGACCAGUGCCGUGCGGUGAGCUCGUAGCUGGCUUUCAGAGUCAGAUAUGUGAAAAAUAUGUGAAGUCAAUAGAGUUUAUUAAAACAUAAUUCAAUUGGCAGCUUGCACAUUGACUACUGGUUGUUUUUCAUAUUUUAUCUCAGCAUUCUUCACACACACCUAUGAUAGGUACAACGAGUUGGCAGUUGGUAGCUAGAGAACUCGUGUUAAUAACUGGUAGGCUAAUAUAUUAUUUCAUGCGAAGAUGCACAGGCACCCUGAGGAUUUUUACCUUUACCCAUUGAAAUACAAUGAGUUAAAUCGGGGAAACUAUAACAUCAGCUCGAUAACUAGCUAUCAUUACAUGCGAAUUGAACGCUUCCAUUUAAAUCGUUUAGGUUAUUUAAGUCUCUUGAGCUAGCUAGCAUAGCAACUAGAUAACUAUAGCAACCAAAAAACACAACUUUAGCUGCACAGUUUAAUUUCUCAAACUCAGCUCACCAAUACAUUAAAAAAAAGAUCGUUGGGUUCAAAGUGAUCACAACGACGUUGUAUGAUGUUAAAUGGAUGACAGACAUUAAACAAUCCCCUCGGAAACACUCGGAUAUCAAUGUAAUCUUGGCUAAUAAUUAAACGUACUGGUGGCUUUCCAUUCGUCUGCAUUUGCAUUGUUGUAUUUUGUGGCAGAUUCAUCGGGGUAAAUCAUUAUGGUUACAUACUGUUACAUAUAUAUAUCGGGGUAAAAUCCAUCAAGCAUCUUUGUAACACAGCAGGGAGGCAUUAUACAGGAGGGAAUAUUUCCUCACUUGCAUCUUUGUUACAGAGCAGGGAGGCAUUAUACAGGAGGUGCUAAUUUCUCACUAGCUCCGCUUUGUGAGGGAUUGCUCAAUCUGACGUGAGGCGCCGCUCUUUGCCUUACCCCGCUUGUCUCCUCUGCUCAGGUCACGAGCAAAUUCAGCUAUUUUGGUUAUAAAAUUAUUUAAGAUCAUUGGAAUCAUACAAAAAUUACAUUUAUAGCACAGAUAAGUAGAACAUAUUAAUAUCUGGGUUUUUUUCAUUAUAUAAUUUAACAUAUGUGUUGUGUUUUUAUUAUCUUAAUUUCUAAUGGACCAAUGAUAAUUCGUGAAUACACUAUGCCCGCGAAAUCGCGGAGCGAGCUGUCAGUUGAAGUCUAUCAAAAAUGGAUGGUGAACGUACUUGUCCUCCGCUGAAAAAGCGGCGAAUUUCUGAACAGCGCUUCAAGCUAGAAUAUAACGCAGAAUGGCCGACCAUCACCCGGUCGAGGCUGGACGACUUCCACGCUUACUGUAUGUUGUGUAAGACAGAUUUUAGCGUGAGGCAUGGGGGCCGACACGACGUUGAAAAGCACAUCAGGACUGCUAAACACACGUCAUACAAGGCGGCAGUGGAAGCUACAAGGCCCAUCGCGGGCUUCUUUACGGUUGACAGUGACACCAGUGUCAUAAAUGCCGAAGUGCUCGCUGUGGACUUUCUGGUGGAACACAACAUCCCGAUCGCGGUGGCCGACCACAUCGGGCCACUGGUGAAAAAGAUGUUUCCGGACUCGAAAAUCGCUGGAAAGUAUGGGUCUGGUCGCACAAAGAGCAGCGCCAUUGUUGGAGCUCUUGCCAAGGAGGAUGCGUCUGUGAUCACGGAGGCAAUGAGGACAGCUCCAUACUCCCUAGCCACGGAUGGGAGCACUGACUAUGGAGACUGUAAGCUGUAUCCUCUUGUUGUGAAGUACUUUGAUCGAGGACUUGGGCGUGUUCUGACAGUACUCCUAUCUUUGCCAGAGUGUCAUGAGGCAUCUACUGGGCAGAACAUAUUCAAACUCAUUGACAAUGAACUUGAGAAACGUAGCAUAUCCUGGGACAACUGCAUGAGUUUUGGGGCAGAUAAUGCCAUGGUGAUGCAGGGACUCAAAGCUGGCACGGCAGGCUACAUCAACAAAAAAAACAGUGCAGUAUAUGUGCUGGGAUGCCCGUGCCAUCUAAUUCAUCUAGCUGCAGAAAAAGCUGCUGCUCAGCUUCCAGUGUCCAUUGAAGAGCUGCUGGUGGACAUAUACUUCUACCUAGACAAAUCCAGCAAGAGGAAACAGGGACUGAAGAAAUUUCAGGAUCUGUGUGGAGUGGAAAUGAGAAAGAUUGUUAAACAUGUAAGUACGAGGUGGCUCUCUUUAGAUAAAUGCAUCGCCAGGAGUCAGAACAGUCUGGGCACAGCAGCAAGGACAAGACCACGCAGAGCAGCAGCAAGGACAAGACCACGCAGAGCAGCAGCAAGGACAAGACCACGCAGAGCAGCAGCAAGGACAAGUCCACCCACAGUGUUAGCAAGGACACAUCAACCCACAGUAGCGGCAGCAAGGACAAUUCUCAGUUUGAUUUGGCAGGCUAUCUCUUUCGCCAACAAAACCUAGCCAAAUUCUGUCAGGGAAAGAAAACACCAGCAGCUGCAACCACACAGCCCAAGACUGCAACGGCAAAGCCCAACACAUCUAGCGCUGCACCCACUCGGCCCAAGACAUCUAGCACUGCACCCACUCAGCCCAAGACAUCUAGCACUGCACCCACUCAGCCCAAGACAUCUAGCGCUGCACACACUCAGCCCAAGACAUCUACCACUACACCCACUCAGCCCAAAACAUCUAGCACUGCACCCACUCAGCCCAAGACAUCUAGCACUGCACCCACUCAGCCCAAUACAUCUAGCACUGGAGCCACUCAGCCCAAGACAGGGGCACAACAGAGAGUGCAGAGGGCAUGUCAACAUCUGCAGGACCCAACAUUCCAUCUUUACUGCUACUUUCUAAGUGCGGUCCUGCCGAUAUUUGAUGAGGCCAACACUCUGCUGCAGCUAGACAAACCCUGCAUACAAAUACUACACAGGACUUUGACCACACAGCUGAAGAAUCUCUUGAACCGAUUUGUGAAGCCUCAGGUGAUCAAUGCAGCUGCUAAGGUUCACCAGGUACCAUUCAGGGAACCAAGCAACCAGAAGAGCAAUGAGACCUUGUUCAUUGGGCAAAACACCAGAGACUUCAUAAGAGAUCACCCUGAGCUUGAGGAGCUGCAGCUUGCCCAGGUCUUCAGCGCUGUGCGGGCAUUCUACAUGAAGGCUGUUGAGUACAUGGUGAAGAAGUUUCCCUAUGAUGACCCAGUGAUAAGGAAUGCUUCUGUGGCUGACAUGUCUGCACGGGACAGCGCAGACUUCAAUUCUGUGAGGUACUUCACAGGCAGAUUCCCCUGCUUGAAGAUGAGUGCUGAGGAGAUGGACAAGCUUGAGGGUCAAUUCAUGACCUACCAAACCGAUGCUCUGCCAGAAAGCAUCACCAGCUGUGACAGACCAGACACACAGUGGCACCUGAUGAGUCAGCUGAAGGAUGGAAAUGGCCAUCUCAAGUACCCUUUACUCUGCAAGGUAAUGCUGGCUAUCCUCUGCAUCUUCCAUUCCAAUGCAGACUGCGAACGCAUCUUCAGUCUUGUCACAAAAAACAGAACGGAGUUCAGACCUAGUAUGGGAAUGGAGACCCUGAGUAACCUCAUUACCCACAAACAAUUCAUGGUGGCAAAGGGGUCUGUCUGCUACAAGCAGGCGUACUCCAAGACAACUCUUGCCAAGGCCAAGUCAGCAACCUAUGACCAUCUAAAGUGAGAGGUUGAUGAGAUGGUCAUGUCACAGCCAAAGGUUCCCUUGAGUUGAACUCUGUUCUAAAAAAAGGCUGUGUAAAGGUUUUUCAUGUGUUAUUGUUCAGUAUUGUUUCAUGAUGAAUUCUGUUCGGUUGAUAAAAAUAUUUUUUUGGGUAUGUUGGUGUUUAAUUCUGUGCAACAGUACAGGGAAAAGGAGAAAUUAUACACGAAAAACAUGUCCUAAUAUGACCUAGAUUGCAUCUCAGAGCAUGUAAAGUCUCUGGCUUCUGAUAAGAUAAGAUAACUUUUAUUAAUCCUGUAAGGGAAUUGCACAUGUUAUAGCAGCAGGGUGAUAGGAAAAGGAAUAGGGAACUAUAUAUACAUACAAUUUACAAUAAAAUAAUAACAGUUGAAUACAAAAGAUAAAUAGAAAUAAGUAAAGUAAAAAUGAAAUAAGGGGGCAUUCAGGGGGCUUCGGCGGACCUCGGACCCCCGGCUUUGAAAAAAAAUUUGCCUCGCUCCGCUCGGCUUGCUACUAUUUUCGAAAACACAAUGUUGGCAGCUCUGAUAAUGAGAAAGAAAAGCAAGAUAACGUCUCAUUUUAGAGGCUGUAACUAUUAUUGGAAUUCAUUUGUUAAUAAAAAAUGACUGAAAUUAUUAAUCAGUUAUCGAAAUAAUUGCUUCUCAUCUUGAUAUUCAAAUGGUAGUUGCAGGUUGAGAAUUUAGAGGGUAAAAAACCCCCAGAUAUUUAUCUCAGGAGACUGAAAGAGAAUUCAUAUUAGACUUUCAUUAAUCAGGUGGAUGCUGGAUGUGUAAAUAAUCAAAUGUUUCCUUACGUAAGUUCACCAUACUACAUUUAAGUUUGUUCAAACACGUGUGAGUCAGACACUAAACGUAUUUGAUCCAGUGUAUGUAUAACAAUGUUGAUUAUACAAUGUUUGAGCCUGUUUCAGCUGCAGACAUCUGAUUGAUUUUAAAGCCAAUCCUACUUAGCUUGUAUCUCUGUGAAUAUACAGAAAAACAGUCUGCACAAGAUAUAUAACACAUUUUUUAUUGUCUUCUCCUCUGUUCUUUA